AUGCCUGAUCACAAGCUGCUGACUUUACGGCCCGAAAUGAUUGACCCGCGUUAUGACAAUACGGACAUCGUCUAUAUAAAUGAGGCCAACUGGGCGACCGACAGCUUGGCAUUGAGUGAUCCCAAAGCCUUUUUUCGCUUUUAUACAAGAGGCAUCACCCAGUACGCGCAUUUCCUUCUUCGUCAGGUGCCUUCCACGCUUAAGGCGAAGAUGGACGUUAACAAGUUCCUGGACACAUUUUCAAUGGAGGUUGAUGCAAAGACUCGAGCUGCAUUUAUUCCUUAUCUUGCUGGAAAGAAGAAGGGAGGGGCUGGUAGUGACUCUGACUCUGAUGAGGAGCCCGCAGCAACUGGUGAUAUUGAAGCAGUCAUCGUGCCUGCUAAGCCAAGUGGUCGACCUUUACCUAAGAAAAAUUCCAAGAAGCGUCCUCGAACUAACUUACAGCCCAAUUUGGAUGCUUCUCAACCAAAGAAGAUGUGCAAGGAUUAUGCAACUGAGGUUGGGUUACAAGAUAUGCUGAAAACUAUCGGGCGUACUCAGACAAUCGAUUUAUCGACCAAGACUAAGCGUCGCAGCAAGCGUUUGGCCACUAGACAUGAAUCCUCGGACACAGACAAUGAGCAAGAAUACUUGGGCCUCGUUGGUGGUGGCCAUGAUAAUGGUGAUGAUGGAAUGGAUGUAGAUUUGUCUGGUGCACAGAAGGGCGUAAGGUGUAGCAGUCGCCUUGGUGGAAAGUCGGGUGUAUCGUCUCACAUCGAGCAGCAUGUUUCUGAUGGCUAUGAGCCUGACGAGGAUGACGAUGAUGAAGACAACUAUGAUCAAGAGCCCAGGAACACUGAACAGACACCUCAGACUCGAAAGAAGAAACAACCUUCACACAAAGUCUUGGCAUCUUUCUAUGUUUCUGAUGAAUCUGUAGAAGAGGGAGAGCAAGACCAAAUAAACAGUGACCAAGUGACAGAAAGUGAAAAUGAUUCAGACACUGAUGACACUGUUCAUGCGGCGGUGCUCUCACUCUUCAAAAAGUGGAACAUCAAGGCAUCUCAUUCAGAAUUCAGUAAUAUUCUCCAAGGCAUUCAACAGCAGUCUCAUCAAAAAUACGUCACUGCUCAGCAAAAGCUCACUUGUUUCCUUAACAAGUUCAAUGGUCAGCAGCGUCCCAAUGCUCAGUUUGCAGUUUCCAUCUCUCAAAUAUGGGAGUCAAUGGAGGUUCUCUCUAUCAAAGGCAAAGCCAUCUCAUUGGAGAACAUUCUUGCGCAGAAGCAGAUUAUGCUGUCUAAUGGUGUUGCCUGGAAUUGGCUGAACAUCAUCUGUCUCCGGCGUUGUCAGAAACUCUUUGAACCUCUUCAUGCAAGGAAACUUGUAACCUCAUCCGAUUGGUUUACCUCUCUUACUAUCAAGAUCUACCAGCACUUCGAGAUUUCUCGCCGCUCCAGUGACACACUAAAUCCCUCGACUUAUCUUCCUGGUCUUUCAAAGUCAAUUCAACCUUGGAAGUUGCCUGUUAAUGCUCUUAAUGGUGAUGAGCUGGAGACUCGUGUUCUCAGCACACUGCGCUCAGUCCUAUGCAGUUGGCUUGGUUAUCCAAAUGAUACCUCGAUGAUGCGAGGUGUCUUCGUGACUCAGAUCAUACAGACAUUUCAUUCUGAGAAUGUUUUACUCCUUCAAGGCGUAUGGUGCAUAUAUUCUGAAAUCAAGGCGAAGGUCUUGGGUCCUUCUUUCAAAGGAUUGCGUCCACACUCCCUAUGCCCUAAUAUGCUGGAUACAAUCUUUGACAAGCUCUCCAGCCUGCCACUUGCUAGCCUGGAGUCCAAGGAACAUUCUUUGUUGGAAGACAUAGGAGAUUUGGUGAAGAAGGCCCUGGAGCUCAUUUCAUACCCUGGUGGUAAACCCACUGCCCCUACACCAGUAGCGACUUCCAUUCCUUCUGGAACUGCAUCCACCUCUCAGAUUCCAACCCACCAGGGACUCCAAAGCCUUCUUGACUUUGUGUUGGAGCUGAUUCCUCUGGUGGAUUCUACAACAGCAUUUCCUUCCACUAGAAUCCAAUCGCUUGUACUCCAACAGCUUGACAAGCGUCUUCCCUUCUGCAAGUGCGCACCAAGCAAGUCACGUGUCAGUGGACUUGAUGGACCGCUUCACCCAGACAAUAUCGACAAGCCUGGUGCAUUUGCCACACAGAAGAAUUUAUCCACGCUGGAUUUUAACUACAUCAACCCGACCGCUCUUCCAGAGCAGUACCGCGAGCACCUCCCAUCUCAAGCGGAGUGGAGCACAGAACGAAACGCACAUUUCAUAGGAGGAAGGCCUGUAUUCAUCAGGCCAGACAAUCACAACUUCGACUACUCCCCAGAGGAAUUUGAAAGGACACUUCCCCAUAAUCUUGGUGGAAUAGUGCUCCAGCACAUCGCAGACAGCGGUAUAACGACCUCCUAUCCAGGAGAAAGACCAGACGCCCCUUGGAACCCCCCUGCCCAGAAUCCUGUACCCCAACCGACUCUUGCACCAAUCGUACCUGAUUACAUACCACCGAUGGCUACAGUUACCAUGGAUGAAGGACGUCACCAUGUUAGCCAGAAGGAACUUGGUUUUAGAAAACCCGAGAUCUUCAACGGUUCAGACCGUUCGAAGCUUAGGGAAUUUAUAAACCAAUGCAAGAACUACAUGGCCGGAAAUAGCCAUGUCUACCAGGAGGACAAUCAGAAGAUCGCAUUCGUGCUAUCGCACAUGCAAGGAGGAACAGCAGGAUCAUGGGCACAGAGCUUCAUAGAAACGGAACUCACCAAUGACGACUUCCUUUCUUAUGGGAGUUGGAGAGACUUCAUUGCAAGUGCGAAACUAGAAGAUGCCGGAAAUAUCGAGUAUUUCAAGUGGGGGCUUAACGACCCACUCCGACAAAGGAUAUAUGGGAUGGAAAGCAUGCCCAAGACACUUGACAAGUGGUACGAAUACGCCUCGCGGUUUGAUAACCAAUGGAGAUCUGCUCAGAUCUUCAAGCGAGGAGCCACUACGACGACGCGAGGAAAGGGCCGAUCUGUCCAUCGUCCCUACUACUCGGCUUCUGCAAAGGAUCCAAACGCGAUGGAUGUUGAUCGUGUCAAUAUCUCGCGCUUAUCCCCGGACGAGCGACAAAAGAGAAUGAAAGAAGGAUUAUGUUUCCUAUGCGGAAAGAAGGGCCAUAUAGCCAACGACAGACAAUUCCACCCCCAGUCUGGAAGUUUCACCCGUGCUAGAACGAUACAGCCCGGAUUAGACACAGACACGAUCACAUGGAUCAAGAAGAUGCGAGAAGACCUCGCACAGAAGAAGGAGACGUCGAAGGAAGAAACCAGAGAGGAACAGAUCGCCUAUGUGCGAAACGUCUUCAACGACAUGACUGAUGAAGAACGAACCCAAUUGGAUGGCACACCAAAUCAAAUGGGUACCAUUACUCAUUGUACCUGGAAGAUGAUGAAAAUCGGAGGAAGGAAGACGCUUACUUGCUUCCUCUUGACCGGCAUUGGCAAAGAAAACAUACUUCUCGGCAUGCCGUGGCUUAAACGUCUCAAUCCAAUGAUCAACUGGGAAACCAGUGACUUUUGGUUUGGUAAAGACGCCAAAUGGCCACCGAAACCCACCGUCGAAGAUGCACCAGAUGAAGAAGUUUCGAUUUUCAAGAAAGAUGGACUCCCAGAGUUAAUCACCACCGAAACUUCCCCUACCUCGUUUGGGCAUUCGGAAUCUAUCAGAGAAAUCAUGGCCGAUAACACUGAGCGUGGCGAGUUACCCACAGUGCGGAAUGAUACCGAACCAGAUGACCCACUAUCAGAACCCCCUAUGGAUCAGCUCGAUGACGACGAUCUAGUUAUAUCCUAUAUCGCAGGAGAGCCAGUUAUUGGGAUAUUUGAACCCAUCAGGAAGGAGUCACCUUUGACGAAUGAAGAGACUGAAACUGCAGUCUUCACCAUACGAAGAGGCCCCGCCAUUGGAAGAAUGACGCACAGUACCCGAUCCCCAUUAUUCUAUAAUGCACAGAAUACAGUCUUUUACAAACCAUCUGGUAAAUCACAAGAAUUGGCACAACAGGCACAUAAGGAAGCAUCAGCUGUAGACAAACCCAAAACUGUCGAGGAGUUGGUCCCCAACUACCUCCACGAUUUGAAAUCCGUUUUUGAAAAGAAAGCAGCUGAACGCUUUCCAGAAACCUGGCCUUGGGACCACGCCAUUGACUUGAAACCUGAUUUCAUUCCACGUGACUGUAAAGUCUAUCCGUUAUCGCUCAAAGAACAAGGAGCGAUGGAUGACUUCCUGGAAGAAAAUCUGCGAAAAGGAUACAUCCGACCGUCGAAAUCUCCCAUGGCUUCACCAUUUUUCUUCGUAGGAAAGAAAGAUGGAGCACUACGUCCCUGUCAGGAUUACCGAUACCUGAAUGAAGGGACGGUGAAGAACGCCUAUCCUCUUCCGCUCAUUUCUGACCUUAUGGAUCAAUUCAAAGACGCAUCGAUCUUUACAAAAAUGGAUUUACGCUCCGGAUAUAACAAUGUCAGAAUCAAAGAUGGUGACCAAUGGAAGGGCAUGAUCGUUCGAGAAAACUACAUUGGCAUGGAUCCUAUCAAACUUAAAGGAAUUGCAGAAUGGCCUGAACCAAGCACGGUAAAAGGUGUUCGCUCUUUCCUAGGGUUUGGAAACUUCUAUCGGAAGUUUAUUGCCAACUUCUCAGAUAUUGCCAAACCAUUGAUGAAUCUUACGUGCACUGCCGCUGGAUCUCCACCUUUUGAAUGGACAACAGAAUGUCAGACAGCUUUCGACACAUUGAAGCAACGAUUCAGUACCGCCCCGGUACUGUUACUGCCUGACAAGGCAAAACCCUUUAUUGUUGAAUCCGACGCUUCCAAGUUUGCUACGGGUGCAGUUUUACGCCAAGCCGAUAUCAAUGGAGACCUCCAUCCUUGUGCCUACAUUUCACAGAUGCUCAAUCCAGCUGAAUGGAAUUACGAAAUCUAUGACCGUGAACUCCUCGGAAUCAUUCGAGCCCUCACUGAAUGGCGCCAUUAUCUUGAAGGCUCUCCCCAUCCCGUCGAAGUUCGCAGUGAUCACAAGAACCUCACGUACUUCCGUACAGCUCAGAAGUUAAACCGCCGACAAGCACGAUGGAGUCUCAAAUUAUCACAAUUUGAUCUUCACCUCAUCCAUGUCCCUGGCACUCAGAUGAUCCAAUCUGAUGCGCUCUCUCAUCGUAAUGGACUCGAUGACAGUGAAAGUGACAAUGAAGAUCGCAUUCUUUUACCCAACGCACUAUUCGUGCGAUCCAUUUCCCCGACACUAUUCGACGAAAUCAGGAAUCACGCAGCAAAAGACCUCAUUGUUCACGAAGCUCUCGAAGUGAUUGCGCACAAAGGGCCAUUCCCCAUGAAAUCAUCGCUUUCCGACUGGGAAGUUCGCGAUGGUGUCAUCCUCUACAAGGGAAAGAUUUACGUUCCACCAUCCGAAACUCUUCGUCAUGACCUCGUUCGACUACAUCACGACUCCCCUGCCAUGGGUCACCCUGGAAAGUUCAAUACUCUUGAACUGUUACGUCGUGAAUUCUGGUGGCACGGCAUGUAUACAUUUGUCUACAAUUAUGUUGAAGGCUGUGCCGCCUGUCAACAAAUGAAACCGAAUACUCAUCCAACUCGUAUUCCUUUGGAACCAAUUCCCGCCGACCCACACGCAUUACCAUUUUCCUGUUGCACCACCGAUUUUAUUACCGACCUCCCCGUUUCCAACGGUUUUGAUUCAAUUAUGGUCGUAGUAGACCAUGACCUUACGAAGGGGGUGAUUCUUACGCCCUGCCUCAAAACGAUCACAGCCGAAGGAACGGCCAAGAUUUUUCAUGACAAAGUAUACUCGCGAUUUGGAUUACCCAACCGAAUCAUCUCGGAUAGAGGACCUCAAUAUGCAUCCAAGGUCUUCCAAGAGUUAAAUCGACUACUCCAGAUCAGAUCAUCAAUGAGCACAGCUUAUCACCCUCAGACGGAUGGAGAAACAGAGCGAGUCAACCAGGAGCUGGAAAUCUAUCUUCGACUCUAUUGCGGAAACAACCCUGGAACAUGGGCCGACCGCCUGCCAGACCUCGAGUUUUGUCAUAACACAAGGGAACACUCGGCAUGGAAGAUGAGCCCAUUCCGCAUCAUGAUGGGAUACGAAUCACGUGGACUCCCUUCCGUAUUUCCGACCACGAACAUUCCAUCGGUUGAAUCCAGGCUUGACAUGUUGCAGAAGAUAAGGCUAGAAGCACUAGCCAUGCACGAGUUAGCCCGACAACAGAUGGCGGACCGAGUCAGACAAGGAUCGCCGAAGUUUACACUAGGACAGAAGGUCUGGCUAGACUCGAGGAACCUGAAGGUCAAUUACGCCUCACGCAAGAUAGCACCAAAGCGUGAGGGGCCAUUCGAAAUUGUCGAAGUCAUCGGACCAGCCAACUAUCGUCUCAAACUCCCGAAGACCUGGCGAGUUCAUUCCGUAUUCCACGCCGCCCUUCUAUCUCCUUAUCGCGAAAACGACAUACAUGGUCCGAAUUACGUGAACCCACCACCUGAUGUCGUUGAUAACGAAGAAGAGUACGAAGUCGAAGCCAUCCUGAAUCACAAGAUGUACCGAGGUCAUCUGAGGUACUUAGUCAAGUGGAAGGGAUAUUCUUCAGCAGAAAACUCGUGGGAACCUGCCCACAAUUUACAAAAUGCCAAGCGAAUCCUCGAUGCAUAUAAAAAGACCAGGAGAAUCCAGUAG